ACGGUCAUAAAGCAUGAGUCGUUUCUCUAUAAAUUACGACACUUCUCUUCAUCAUUACCAAACUCAUCCUUCACUUCAUUAUUCUUUUAACCACACUCUCUCUUUGGUCUCCUAAUAAUAAUCAAUUUAAUUAUCGUAAUUUAUAUAUAAACAAAAAAAAAUGUCUUCUAUUGGAGCAAACUACGCACAUCUACAAGUCAUGCAGAAGAAGCAGAAGGAGAAGAUGAUGAAAAAGAAGUUAGAGAAGAGGAGAAAUGGCGGGGUAGAUGGUGGAGAAGGCGGUGGUGUUUCUUCCGCCGGUAACAGAAUAUUUCCGGUUAAGUCUUCUCCGUCGUCGACUUAUGAAGUUGUAGAAAGACAAGAAUGAAUCGAGUGUGAGAUAUUUCUUCUAUUUUUAGUUGACUUUAUGUGUCUUUGUGUGUGACUUGAUGCGAUGUGAUAUAAGUGGUCCUCUUUUUGUGUCUAGUCUUUUAAGUUAAGUAAUUUGUGUUGUUUUAGUGUCAAAUUUGUAUUAAAAAAAUUGUAUAUUUUCGUAUAUUCCAGUGAUCAACAUGUAAGAUAUUUCUGUAAUAAUAAUCGUUUAUGAAUUUCUCGGUUUUUGGUUUUGGCAAACUAAACACGAGUGGUCAA